UCGUUUGGGAAAAAUAAGGCGUUGGGGGAUGGUGGUGUGUACAGCUGGGAGCUCGGAAGAUAUCUAAACAGUGUGGCUGCUUACUGCCCGCGUAACUACACCGGAUUAGUUUUGUCUGCAAACUUUCCCCCUUUAUAUAUUCUCAGAGAGGGGAAAGUUUUUCACGCCUGACUUAACGCACGAUUUUCUCUCCCAGAGGCUCCUCGUGCCCCCGGUCAGUCCAUACAGGAGACUGGGAUGUGACUGUAGCGGAUUACAGAGCAGCUCGGUCAGCAGUACUGUGUGUGUGUGUGUGUGUGUGUGUGUGUGUGUGUGUGUGUGUGUGUGUGUGUGUGUGUGUGUGAGAGAGGGGCAGAGAGGCAGAGAGAUGUGGAGGCAGCGCCGGCUUUUGACACACACAGGACAGAAACUCAAGUGACUUACCUCGCUGAGGUUUAAACACAUUUCCCACAGCACAGAGAGUCGACGCAUUACUCCCCGGACUGCUGAGAUGGGCUUUAUGGAGCUAGCGUAGCCGGAUCAACAUAGCGGGUUAGCAAGGCAGCGCUGCACAGGCCGCUAGUUCACUCCGGAGAGCUCGUGAGAAUAUAAAUUAAUAUAUAAAUAAUCAUGGGUCUGAUUGUGGCCAAACUGUGGAGCUUUUUCUGUAAUCAAGAACACAAGGUGAUCAUCGUGGGUCUCGACAAUGCUGGAAAGACGACCAUCCUUUACCAGUUCCUGAUGAAAGAGGUCGUCCACACGUCUCCGACCAUCGGCAGUAACGUUGAAGAGAUCGUUGUGAAGAAUACACACUUCCUGAUGUGGGACAUCGGUGGCCAGGAGAGUCUGCGGUCUUCUUGGAACACCUACUACUCCAACACUGAGUUCAUCAUCCUGGUAGUGGACAGUACAGACAGAGAAAGGCUUGCUAUCUCUAAAGAGGAGCUGUACAGAAUGCUGGCACAUGAGGAUUUGCGUAAAGCCGCAGUGUUGAUUUUUGCCAAUAAGCAGGAUAUGAAGGGUUGUAUGUCUGCAGCAGAGAUCUCCAAAUACCUGACUCUCAGCUCCAUCAAAGACCAUCCAUGGCACAUUCAGUCCUGCUGUGCUCUUACUGGAGAAGGUCUGUGCCAGGGCCUGGAGUGGAUGACCUCGAGGGUAGGACUCAGAUAGCCUCCAACUCCCUUACAGGACUGGCUUAAUUGACAGCUUUCACCACAAACAUCUGGCAUCGACUCGGCCUCAUCCUAUUGGCUGCUUUUAUUAUUGUUAUUAUUGUUAUAAUUAUUUGAUUUUAAGCUCAUGAUCAAUGUUUGACCUCUCUGGACACCUACCUCACCUCGGAUUGACUGGAUGUCGGCUGAUUUGAUUGGACAGACAUUUCGGUGUUUCAAGACAAGUUUAAUCACGCGAGUGAAAGAAGCGGAAGCACACAGUAUCUGAAAUGUUACUGCUUACAGAGAGGGAGGAGACUGCGUGCUUUCAACUCAAUUUUUUGGAAAAGUUCUCUGUUCUGAUUUAGGAAAGUUGGGGACUGUGGUGUAUUUUAUUGGACAUCGUAUCUUAGUGGUCUUUUUUUUUUUUUACGGUCAAUUCAUGGGUCAGGGAAAUCUGUUUCUUGUUUGUGUUGGUUGGGGACUUACAAAGGGUGUCUUUUUAACAAACUCGAAAACCAGUACAUAUCAUGAACACACAUUACAUAUCAUGUCGCAUUACCUCAGUUGGACAGCACUACAGGCACUCGAGCAGCCAUCAUUUCCCCAGCCUGCUGCAGCUACUGCAUGACCACUGAAAUGUGGGAACAGGUUGGGGCAGUAAUAGAGAUUUCUAUUCCUUUCUUUAUCUCUGUUCUUUAAGGUCCACAAACAAACAAAAGCCCUCCUCCAAACCCUGUGCUGUUACAUAAAAUGGGCUGAUUUUCCACACAAUUGUGCUGAGGACUGGUCACAACAAUGUAUUCCUUAGCUGACAUGAGGCUGAAAAAUGGAUUAUGGAUAAACUUGAAAGUUGAAAGCUAAUUGUAUUGUUUCAAUAUUUCAGGUACCAGUUUGUAUUAUUUUUAUACUGGUGAUUCAUAUGCUGCAUCUAAACGCUUUUACUCAGACGUGUGUGUGUGUGUGUGUGUGUGUGUGUCAGGCUAGUGAGCAAUUUCUAAGUCUGUUUUAAAUAAUGAGUGCAAACCAAGAAGCAACUUCAAGAACACUUUUGAACAAUGUAAGUGUUGUUGAGCAGAUUCCUCUGUGAUUUCGAAAGAUUGGCUAAACAGCAGGACACCAUGCAUGUAUGAAAUAUUACCUUUUUUUUGGAUAGUUUCUGGAACAACCUGUUUUGUGGGAAUAUUCAUGAAACAUUUUUCCUCUUUUUUUUUUUGUAAUUCAUUUGGAGCAGAAGCGUCAUGAUCAUGUCGAGAUGCAAAGAUAUAUUUUGAACUGAAAUUAAAAUCCGAGUGAGUCGAUCCCACGCAGGAACCAGAUGUUUUAUGCUGACUUUGGAAAACUCAGCCUCAGCCUUAGCCUUCAUAGGAGUUCACAGGUAUGCUGUUGUUAUUAUUAACAUAAGUGAGGCAUUGAGCUGUGCAUUCCUCUGCUUUUAUUUCUUUAACACCUAAAACUAUGCUGCCUGCUUAAACACCAAACAGUACAGAUCUGGAAAUCAGUGAUGGUUUUUCCUCACUACCAGUAACUGUGGUGUUUAAUUUUACGGUUUCAGCCUGCAUGCAUAAUGUAUGUGUGUUUGUUUUUUUGUUUUUUAUUUUAUUUUUUGCUGAAUGGAUUGUGAGAGAAAACAAAAGGGUCUAAGUUCAUAAAGUAGGCUGUUGACUCACAGGCACAGAUUCAUUACUUUGCAGUUCCACUGAUUCCUCAUUUCAUCAGUCAGUGAAAUCUCAGACGUGCCAUUUCCACAUAAGCAGGAGAAAUAUGUAUCGACAUUUAUAUUUCUGUAAUUUUUAUAAUAAAUGCUUUUAUUUUGAA